GAAACAAAACACAGGGAUCACUGCAGAUGAAGAAUUUUCCCUCUGAACCAGCAACUGCAAAGGGGUGUCCUAUGUCAAUAGAAGAAUUUCAUAAUGUGGACUUAUGUAAGAGUCAGGCUUUAAGCUAUUUUCAAAAAGGUCAAAACUGCUCAUUUCUUAUUGUGCCUCACAACAAAGACAUAUUCAUCUAGAAACACAAUCAUCAGGGCCCAUUAUGCCGAUGAUGAAGGAAAAGGAAUUAAAGUUAUAUUGGCACGACAUCCAUGACAUGCAACAGAAGAAUCCAUGGCACAGAAAAUUAAUUGUGAUCCUCGCAAUUUUAUUCAUUGUGGGCAUUGUAGCAAUUGUCACUACGGCAGUACUACAGAAUAAGCCUCUUCCUCAGAAGAUGAAGUAUGGAAUCGUCCUGGAUGCGGGUUCUUCUCACACAUCCUUGUAUAUUUACAAGUGGCCAGCAGAGAAAGAGAAUGACACAGGAGUGGUACAGCAGCACCAUGCAUGUAAUGUGAAAGGUCCUGGAAUUUCUAGUUAUUCAGCCAAAACAGACAAUGCAGGAAAAUCUCUGACUGAGUGCAUGGACCUCGCAAAGACCAGCAUCCCAGAAAUUCGGCAUUCAGAAACUCCAGUGUAUCUUGGAGCGACAGCUGGAAUGAGACUACUUAGGGAACAAGAUUAUUUGGCUUCGGAAAAUGUCCUCAUCUCUGUAGCUAACACACUCCGGUCCUACCCGUUCAAAUAUGAAGGAGCACGGAUUAUCACAGGACAGGAAGAAGGCGCCUACGGCUGGAUUACUGUCAAUUAUCUACAAGGCAACUUCCAAAAGAAUAGCCGAUUUUUUGACCCAUUUCAAGAAACACCGGCUUCUGUAACACUUGGGGCAUUAGAUCUGGGUGGAGCCUCCACUCAAAUAACCUUUGUGCCGCAAGAAGAAAUUGAAUCAGAAGAGAAUUCUCUGCAUUUUCGACUCUAUGGAAAAGAUUACAAUGUCUACACUCACAGCUUCCUCUGUUAUGGAAAGGAUCAAGCUUUGAACCUAACUGUUGCUACAAAUUUAAAGACAGAUGAGCCUGACAAUGUGCAAGAAAAUCCUUGUUUUCAUGUAGGAUAUUCAAAGACGAUCUCACUGAAGAACCUCUACAACAGCCCUUGUACCGCAAAGCUGAAAAAAAAUCUAAGAAUGGAUUCAGUUUCUCUAAGCGGGACAGGAAAUGCAUCAAAAUGCAGGGAAAAUGUUCUCAAAAUUUUCAAUUUUAGUGUCUGCACCUCAUCAUCCUGCUCUUUCAAUGGAAUUUACCAACCACACAUCUAUGGUUCCUUUGGGGCAUUUUCUGCAUACUACUUUGUCAUGCAGUUCUUAAAUUUAACAACAUACCAUGAAACAUCACUGGUGAAAGUCAAAGAAAAAAUGGAACAUUUCUGCUCCACACCAUGGGCCAGCGUGAAGCAGAGAUUCCCUACUGUUAAAGAAAAGUACUUGAGUGAGUACUGCUUUUCUGGGAACUACAUCAUUACACUUCUUGAAAAUGGAUACUCUUUUAAUGAAAGCAGCUGGAACACCAUUAAAUUCAUUAAAAAGAUUGGCAACAGCGAUGCUGGCUGGACUCUGGGCUACAUGCUGAAUCUCACCAAUAUGAUCCCUGCGGAGGCACCAAGCUCCCCACCACUUCCUUACGGUGGCUAUGUUGCAAUAAUGGUUAUAUUCUCCCUACUUCUCCUGGCUCUCUGUACGAUUGGAUACAUAUUUUUUGGUAAACCUGCCUGCAACUCUCAGAAGCACAUAAUUUAAUGUGUCAUUGACUCAGAUAUUAGAAUCAUUAAGUCGGGUUGAAGCCAUUUAAAAGGCUCAAAUAAGCCAAGAUGUUAGUGGCAUUAUUUCACUUUUUCACAGCUAUACCUCAGGUUUGAAACCUUUUAUAUUGUUGGCAUUCUGCUCCUUCUGGGAAAAAAAAAACAGCCAGACAUGAAGAAUGGGAUUUUUUUCGCUGAGACUCCAUAAUCCAUUCUUCACAAGUGGCAGAUUUAAACUGUAUUAAAUAAUAAUGCAUUAGAUACCAUUUCCCCUGCGUGGAAAUUAUUUUUCCAAUGAAAACUAACCAAAAAGAAGUGGCACCACCUUCAGAAACAACCGGCUGAUAUCUGCUUCACUAAGAAACUAUAAUUUGUAACUGAAAUGAUUCUGAAGUAAAGUGUGUGUGUUAACAACGAGACUGAAAGAAAAAUGAUCUUUAAUGCCACAAUAUACAGGAGAAUGUAUGAACUGUUGAAGGCAUUAUGUAAUAUGUAUUAUUUUUAUACAGUACUUAAAAGUCAGAGAUAGCAUAUACUAGUGAUGCACUGGGUAUUAUAGCCAAACAUCUUAUUUUAAGAAAAAAAAAAUGAUAUUUUUAUACUUUUUUAUGUAGUUCAGUUUUAUUAUAUUGAAAAAAAAUAGAAUGUGGUUUCUGGUUAAAAAAAAAUUAGUUAAUAGAAUUUAUGUGCCUCUAAAUACACAAUUUUAGAUCUUUAUUAUUUCUAUUGGAUGUAGUGUUAUAAAUACUUUAGAUUAAACCCUCUUUCAUGUGUUAACCGUUUACCACGCAGUAUUAAAAAGUGAAAAUACACUUUGUAUGCAAUUCCUUGUUUAAAAUUUGAAAUAUUUACCAGGUGGAUUUAUUGUAAUGAGAUGAGUAAAUUUCAUGUGAACAUGAA